AUGGCGCCAUCGAAGAUCCUUCUCCUUGGUCUCGGCCUCGCGGCACUGUUCGCCGUGGCGGUUGCCGACGGCGAUUCCGACGUCGUCACUCUGAACAAUGACAACUUCGAUGACUAUGUCGGCAAGGAGGAGGCCGCGUUUGUCAAGUUCUACGCUCCUUGGUGUGGUCACUGCAAGAAGCUGGCCCCAGAGUAUGAGACCUUCGCCACCGCGUUCAAGAAGACCAAGUCUGUCGUCAUCGCCAAGGUGGACUGCGACGAGCACAAGGAUGUGUGCAGCAAGUACGGUGUGAGCGGCUUUCCCACGCUCAAGUGGUUCCCGGCUGGCGAGUCCAAGCCUGAAGACUAUAAAGGCGGACGAGAGGCAUCGGAUCUGGUCGAGUUUGUCAACGAGAAGAUCCGGACACACGUGAAGAUCGCUGCGCCUGUGUCGCAUGUGCUUGCACUGGACCCGUCCAACUUCGACAAGGUGGUUCUUGACACCUCCAAGCACGCUCUCGUCGAGUUCUACGCUCCUUGGUGCGGCCACUGCAAGUCUCUUGCUCCUACGUACGACAAGCUGGGCGCGGUGUUCAAGGCGGACAAGAACGUGGUCAUCGCCAAGGUGGAUGCUGACUCGCACCGCUCCCUGGGCGAGAAGUACGGUGUGUCGGGUUUCCCCACGAUCAAGUGGUUCCCGGCGGGCAACAAGGACGGCGAGGAUUACAACGAGGGCCGGGACCUGGCGGACUUCGUCAAGUUCAUCAACGAGAAGACCGGCACCAGCAGGACCGUCUCUGGCAGCCUCCUCGAGACGGCGGGCCGCAUUGCGGAGCUGGACGAGAUUGCCACUGCCUUCGCUGCUGCGAAGGAGGGUGAUUGGGCGGGUCUCAAGGCCAAGGCCGAGGCAGUGAAGGUGGCAGACGACAAGGCCAAGCAUGCUGCGAUCUACGUGAAGACCAUGAAGAACAUCAUUGAGAAGGGAGCUGACUAUGCAGAGAAGGAGGCGGCUCGCCUCACCCGCAUGCUCGCAGGGUCCCUCAAGCCAGAGAAGGCUGACGACUUCACCAUCCGCAAGAACAUUCUUUCUGCUUUUGUUCAGACCAAGUAG